AAUAUUGUAGUAACACAGACAAGGCUUUGAACUAAACUGUUUUAUUGUGGAGGUGGUUUUGCCCAAGUCAGAAGGUAGCAGUUGCUUCCAUCGGAAAAUCAACUGCGGCUUCUUCCUUGUCGAAAUCUAUUGGGUGAAUUAUGAAUUGCGAAGUUUGUCAGCUGAAGGAACUGGAAGUGGAAUCGUUCGAGAUACGCGAGGUUCUACGCUGCAUUUUACAUACUAUUGUCUUUCACCGUGCACUCGGUCUUAUCCGCCCUAAAGAUAUUGAUUUGGAGCUCUUUGAGAUCACUUAUGUACAAUGUGGUGAAAUAGAGGUGGAAAAGAAGAUUGAUGAGACGAUAGAGCACUUCAUAAGCUGGAUUGAUAAACACCCCAACAAGAGAAGUCCGAUAUGUGUAUCCUUUUAUGAAGUCAAAAGCAAACAACCGUCUUGGUUCAAUAACAAACAACGUUCCUAUUGGGAACAAUGGUACGUCAAUCUCAAUGUUCUUCACCAGACUAAAUCCCCUUCCCACCACUCCAAACUAGUUAUGGACACUGGAGAGGCGAAUGAGGAAAGAAGUUCCCGCAGGACACUGCUUGAGCAAUCCCUUCAAGAAGUCUUGUUUCAAAUCAUAAAAUUCGUGAAUGAGAAAAAGGACCACGUUCCUCCAAUCAACGACGGUGUAAUCUACUGCCCUUUUGAGAUCACUAUGCCAAGGUGCAACGAUCCUUAAGGACAUAGAUGAGUUGAAGUGUUGAUUCAAAUCCAACUUUCUUUUUGUUUCAGCUCAUCAGACUCAACCUUUGGGAUGGAUAUUUUCAAGAGGAUGCUCCACAGUGGUGGCCAUCCAUCGAUGCUCAGUUGAUUCAACAUUAUCCACUCAAAACUUAAUUAGUACAUUAUACGGAUACACUUGAUGUUACUUGGUCCAAUCAACACUUUCCUCUGUAUAUAAACAUUACGACUAUUAUACACAUGCCUCUGAAGUUGUUGAUAGAUAA